AUGCGCCUGUUCUUCGCGGAAAACCGGUUUAACCGGUUGUGGCAGGAGGAGUUAGCGAAGCAGCGCAACGUCACUGAGCAGGCGAAGGCGGUGUCUGCGCAGGCGCAGGCCAGCAUCGAUGAGGCGUUGAAAAAGGUCAAUGAUGCGCAGGAGAAAUUAGAAAAGACGCAGCAGCAGAACUGGCAGUACGCGCCGUACGGAAAGAACUCCAAGGGAGCUGGAAAGAAAGGUUGGUACUGUUGCUUGUGUUGGUGUCUAAAAGUCUUGGUAGGUCGAUAUGCCAGUCAUGCAUGUCUAGUCGGUAUCGAUGUCACAGUGCGAAACCAUGCCACACUACAACUUCACAUGAUCAACAUCGAAUUUGUCAAGGUAAAGGCAAAAAGGGACAGAAACCACUGUGCUUUGAGUUCAUGAGCAACGGAGGGCGCUGCUCCUGGGGCAACGAGUGCACCUACCGCCAUUUGAAGAAGAACGACCUCUCUGAGUCGGAGUACAAGAAGAUGCAGGAAG